AUGCCGGGGAAGCACUACGGGGUGUACAGCUGCGAGGGCUGCAAGGGCUUCUUCAAGCGCACCAUCCGGAAGGACCUCACCUACACCUGUCGCGACAACAAGGACUGCAUCGUCGACAAGCGCCAGCGCAACCGCUGCCAGUACUGCCGCUACCAGAAGUGCCUGGCCACCGGCAUGAAGCGCGAAGCCGUGCAGGAGGAGCGCCAGCGGGGGAAGGAGAAGGACGGGGAGGGGGAGCUGGCCGGCACCGGGGCCAACGAGGACAUGCCGGUGGAGAAGAUCCUGGAGGCCGAGCUGGCCGUCGAGCAGAAGUCGGACCAAGGCGUCGACGGAGCCGGCACGGGGGGCAGCUCGCCCAACGACCCGGUGACCAACAUCUGCCAGGCGGCAGACAAACAGCUCUUCACCCUGGUGGAGUGGGCCAAGCGCAUCCCCCACUUCUCGGAGCUGCCCCUGGACGACCAGGUCAUCCUGCUCCGGGCCGGCUGGAAUGAGCUUCUGAUCGCCUCUUUCUCCCACCGGUCCAUUUCGGUGAAGGACGGGAUCCUGCUGGCCACCGGGCUGCACGUCCACCGCAACAGCGCCCACAGUGCCGGCGUGGGGGCCAUCUUCGACAGGGUGCUGACCGAGCUGGUGUCCAAGAUGCGCGACAUGCGGAUGGACAAGACGGAGCUGGGCUGCCUGCGCGCCAUCAUCCUCUUCAACCCAGAUGCCAAGGGUCUCUCGAACCCCGGGGAGGUGGAGCUGCUGCGCGAGAAGGUCUAUGCCUCGCUGGAGUCCUACUGCAAGCAGAAGUACCCGGAUCAGCAGGGGAGGUUUGCCAAGCUGCUGCUGCGCCUGCCCGCCCUGCGGUCCAUCGGCCUGAAGUGCCUGGAGCACCUCUUCUUCUUCAAGCUGAUCGGGGACACCCCCAUCGACACCUUCCUGAUGGAGAUGCUGGAAGCCCCCCACCAGAUGUCCUGACCCCUCACCCCCCCACGGACCGGAGGGUUGCUGCCAAGACCGCCGGGGAACUCACACGCCCCCUCCCCCCGGGGGGGGGCUCUGCAUUGGGGCAGGCGGCUGGACUUCCCAGCCACGGUGGGGUGGCCGCUAGCCCCCUCCCCACCUUUGCAUAAAUCCCGGGGGUCCCCCUCAGCCAGCCUCUGAGUGCUGGGGUGGGGGUCCCUCACCUGGGAAAGGGGCUCCCGUAACGCUGCUCCCCCCCCCCAAUCGGCUUGUGUGGGAAGCCCCCUGGGCUGAGGAUG